GAAAAGCGGGGACGUUCGACGUCGGACAUAUCCGCUGAGCUCUUUAAUAUAAAAGCACAAUCAUUUAAAAAAAUUCAAAAGUUGAAUAAUAAUAAAGUACAUCGAAUUCAAAGUGACUAAAUGGAAAAUAAUGAAAACAAUUUAAUACUACUAAAAUACAAACAAGACUCAAAAAAUAUAAAAUAAUAACAUGAAUUUCAGUGUAUAAAGAAUUGCUAAUAAUAAACUUUCGGAAGAAAUCUACAAUCAACUAGUUCCGUAAAGGGUGAAAAAUGUUAAGAUAAAUUGAUAAAACAGAGAAGAAAAAAAAUUGAACGAAGAAAUAACAGAACUUAAAGUAAUAUAUUGAAACGAAUUCUAAACGAGAAUUACUCACGGUGUUCCAAUUCUUACAUUAGUAUAGUGAGUGGAGGAUCCGAGUGACAAUUUAAAAAAAACAAUUAUAAAUACAGAGAUAGAGCUAAGCUAAGCUUAGGAGUAAAAAUCGGCCAUCUGUGAGUGAAGAGCCAUCAGGUCGUUGUGCGCGGCUAAGGCAUAUUGUAAAAAAGAAAAUAUUUCGGUAAGAAUAGUUAUUAGUAUUAAAUACUCGCUGCAAGGUCUUCUGAGAAACCCUUGAAAAUUUCAUGAAAAUAUUAUGAAUCCUUGCUUAACAUUACAAAUCAUUACAAACACUAAAGACGAAAAUUCAAGAAAAGCUCCCACAAGUUUUUACAACUUUUUUUUUAUCAGUGCUAACAGUAUAUAAGGAAAAAUAUUUCAAAAGAUUCGCAUAUUGGACAAGAGAAAAUCACUAAACUCGAGGGUGCAUAGUCAUAAUUACAAUAUAUCUUUCAUCGAAACGUCACUCACAAAGAACACGAGUUAAAAAUGCCCAUUGUAAGAAUUCACAGCACGAUUGCAUUGACGUUGAUACAAAAUAAAUUUAUGAUGUGGGAGUUCUAUUGAAAAAUCUAUUAGUUCUUUGAAUCGUACGUCAAAGUACGUAAAGGUAAUGAUUAAAAAUUCUGUAGGAAGAAUGUACGUUACAGCAAUGACAAACGAAUGAAUAUACGUUUAAACUGUUUGUAAGUGAUGAAACUUUUUGUGAUUGCAACUCAAUCAAUCCUACUAUACUUAGUUGAAAGAAACAGAGGGUUCUCCCGUGCAGACAGAGAGAAUAUUUGAUUAGUAUACAUCAGUGGCGUUGAGCCGCUAAUAUCACAUCAGUUCUUCAUCAGUCAUGGAUAUACCUCAGAGUCGUUUUUAUCGCAUUAAUGAAACAACUUUACGAUUGGCAGGGCUGUGGCCUUAUCAAGUGCGCAAGUGUCAAAAGAUACAACGGAUAUUGUUCCAUAUAGGUGUUAUGACAGUUAUGUUAACUCAGGGCAUAAAAUUGAUCGAAGUUUGGGGCGACUUGGACGUGAUGAUAGAGUGCUUGACACCGAUGGGGGUUCAAUUUAAUGCAUGCGUUAAAUCACUAAAUUGCAUCAUAAAUCGUCGUAAGAUGAAGAAACUCUUGGAGCAGAUCAAAACUGAUUGGUCGAGCUUAAAACGAGAGGAAGAAAUCAAGAUUCUUGCGACGUAUUCCGAGCAAGGGCGGAAACUCAGUCUAUUAUAUAUAGUAUACAUGUAUGGGACUAUAGUGAUUUAUCUAACAAUACCAUUGUUGCCGGCGAUGCUCGACAUAAUUGUACCACUGAAUGAAAGUCGUCCACGCACUCAUCUUUAUCGGACAGAAUAUUUCGUAGAUCCUGAGAAAUAUUUUUUUCCUAUUAUGUUGCACACGUAUAUAGGAACGAUAAUAACGAUUUCAAUAGUUGCCGCAUCUGACACUAUGUUCAUGACUUAUAUUCAACACGUUUGUGGAAUGCUUGCAGUUAUUGGGCAUCGAUUCGAAAAGUUAAUUAAAAUCCGGAAUACUCAAAACGGUCCGUCGAAAUACGACGACCCAUGUUACGAGGAACUUGUACGAUGUAUCGAGCAACAUUUCCACGCUGCAGAAUACGUCGACUUGGUUGAAAGAUCGUAUUCGAUGUCGUUCAUGAUUCAAACCAUAGUAAGCAUGGUACUGUUGAGCAUGUCUGCUGUCCAGCUACUAAUAAAAUUUGGCGAAACCGACGAGAUGUUGAGGAUGAUUCAAUUCAAUCUCGCUCAGUUUUGCCAUAUCUUCUACAACAGUUGGCCAGGUCAAAAGUUGCUCGAUCAGAGUGUCAUUUUCCGGGAUUCCGUCUAUUCUAGCGAAUGGUAUUCCUUGUCAGCCAGAAGUAAGGUACUUUUCAAUUUCAUCAUGCUUCGCACCCUCAAGCCUCUGAAACUUACAGCUGGCAACCUGUACGAUUUGUCCCUAGAAAAUUUUGGAGUGGUUAUUCGAGCAUCUGCAUCAUAUUUCACUGUAUUUGCUUCUUUACGAUGAUUUAAACGAGCAUUUACGAUGAAUGCGCGGGUUUCACGUUACACAGCAACAUUCUUCUUCGUCGCACCGAGGGAUAUGAAGCACUGCAUUGGACAAUUCAACAAUAGUCGAGUCCACUUGUAAUCCUUUUCAUUUGUAGUAAAUACAUAAAAAAUAAAAAA